CGAAGAUAUAACAAUAUAAGAAACAGCAAAGUCAAAGCUUGUUCAGUUCAAAAAGAAAAAGUCAAAGCGUGAUUUGUGUCGGGAUGGGUAACUUCUGUCCUAACGGAUCUUCCAGUGUUGGACACGAAGUGAGUCCUGUCUCCACCAAGCCCCUCCCAGUAAAUCAAAAGCUCACACCACCGGUGGUGGCGACGCCGCCGGCUAGGGAUUCAAAACCAAAGUUUCCAGCGCCGGAAACAGGACGUAAUAAUACAAGACCCGCCGUAGAUAACACUUCUGGUAAAAAACCACAGGAGAAUCCUAGACCCGUCGAUGACCCGUCUCGUAGAAAACAGCAGGAGAAGCCAAGAGCAGUUGAGACUCCGCCGUCAAAGGCAGUGCCGCCGAGCGGGAAGAUAGUGACGCCAAAUCUAAAGAUGUUCACAUUGUUGGAUCUUAUGACGGCGACAAAGAAUUUCCGGCCGGAGUCGAUGAUCGGAGAAGGCGGGUUCGGACAGGUUUUCAAAGGAUGGGUGGACGAGGAGACCUUAUCUCCGUCGAGGGCCGGCGUCGGAAUACCAAUCGCCGUUAAGAAAUCUAACCCUGAAAGUGCUCAAGGGCUGCAUGAGUGGCAGUGUGAAGUAAGAUUCUUAGGGAAGUUUCAUCAUCCAAAUCUAGUCAAACUCUUGGGAUAUUGCUGGGAAGAUAAUCAGUUCCUCUUGGUCUAUGAGUUUUUGCCUAAAGGAAGCCUUGAAAACCACCUCUUCUCAAAAGGAGAAGGGCUUACAUGGGAUACACGUUUGAAAAUAGCCAUUGAAGCAGCUCAAGGACUAACCUUUUUGCACAACUCCGAGAAGAGUGUUAUUUACAGAGACUUCAAGGCUUCCAACAUUCUUCUUGAUUCCAACUUCAACGCCAAGCUUUCUGACUUCGGUCUAGCCAAAAAUGGUCCCAUUAAUGGAUUCUCCCACGUCACCACUCGUGUCAUGGGUACACAAGGUUAUGCAGCUCCCGAAUAUGUGGCUACAGGUCAUUUAUACGUUAGGAGUGAUGUUUACGGAUUUGGAGUGGUCCUCUUAGAGCUAUUAACCGGUCUAAGAGCACUAGACCCAAACCGACCAUCUGCACAACAGAAUCUCGUGGAAUGGGCUAAACCGGUGCUGACCCAGAAAAAGAAGAUUCAGAAGUUGAUGGACCCACGGCUCGAGAACAAGUAUCCACUCUUGGCAGUGAGCAAAACCGCCGCACUAAUUUUACGGUGUCUCGAGGCUGACCCGAAGAACCGACCUCCAAUGGACGAUGUACUUAGAGAACUAGAAAUUGUAAGGACUAUCAGAGAGCAACCAAAAGAAGAUAAGCGUAACCGGAACAAUGGACAUGGUUCACCGCAUGUCCGUAAAACCGGUCGAACCAGAUAGUCAAAUAGUCUCUAUGGAAAGUUUGGAAUCAGUCAUAUGUACACACAAAAACAUACGUAAAAUCUUUAUUUUUUUUUAAUAAAAAAAUCUUUUAUUUCUUCUACAUUUGUACACACAUCCCUUUGAUGUCACUAAUGUUUUUUUACAUAAGGAAAUCUGAGGUUAGAAUUCCUGAAAACACAAUUUAUUAUCAGUUGUGUACAAGGCUGACCCAUAGGAUAAGCCGUCCAAACCACCCAUUAG